AUGGAUGAUAAAAUCAAAAAUAAAUGGGAUUAGUUUAAGUCUAAAGAAGAGGAGUACCUAAAAAUGAAUGAACAAUUAGAAGAGAGAAGAAAAAACAUAUAAAACAGAUUGAAUUAAAAAGAAUAAGAAAAUAGCAAUGAUGCAGAUUACGAUGUGAAUUUAGAUGAUGAAUAAAAUUAUCAUGACUAAAACGAAAAUUAAGAUGGCGAAUAUGAUGAAUUUGGUUUAAAUGAAAAUGAAUAUAAUGAAGAAUAAGAAGACGAGUAGGAUGAUAAGCCAAAAGAAUUUUCAAAUAGAGAUUAUAUAAAUAAAAUAAUUCAAAGAGUCAAUCAAGAAGAUGAUGAUGUGGGCGAAACCAUUAAUUACAAAAAAAACAAAAAUUAAAAUAAAUAACAAUAAAACAAUGAUGAUGGAGAAGAAGCAAAGUAAGCAGAUGAUUUUGACGACGAUGAUGACGAUAUUGAUGCAGAAAAAUUACUUAAGAAGCAAGAAUAGUUAGAAGAAAAAUUAAAUAAGUAUAAAAAAAUUGACUAGAAAAAGAAUGAAGAACUGAUUGAACUAGAAAUGUUAGUUGAAGAGCAAGAAAAAAUCAUUAGAGUAUAGCGAAUCAGAAAAGAUGGUUUGUUAAGCGAAAUAGAUUCUUUAUAAGAUGCUUUGAAAGUAAAAGAGAGUAUUUUAAGCUAAUUGGGAGAAAAAGGGAAAUCUUUUGAAGAGGAAACAGAAUCCUAUCAAGUUUAAAUAAAUUUAUUAAAUGAAAAAAUGGAAGAAACCAAAAAGAUGAUAGUAAAGUUAGGAUAAUAAAAGCAGCAGGAGGAUAAAGAUUGCAAAUCUGUUCAAAAUGAAAUCGAUCAAGUCAAAAAAGAAAUUAAAAAAAAAGGAGUAGAACUUAAUAAAAAAGAUGUUAAAAUUAAUAGGCUUUAAGAAGAGAUAGACAAAAUAAAGAUGAAUUUGUAGAUAAACAAAGGCAAUACUGCAUCAGACAAGUAAGGUGAUGCUAAAAAAAUAAAUGAAAAACUACAAUCAGACAUUAAAAAACUAGAUAGAUAAAUUUAAGAAUUAUUAAAUGCAUUUAAAAAGUAACUAAGACUUAUUGACAUUCUCAAAAGAUAAAAAAAUCACUUGAUAGCAGGAUAAAUAUUUGCCUAUACAGAAGAACAAUUUGUGAGUGCCAUAGAAAUGGGAUAAAAAAUUUGA